UUUAUUGAAGUAAAGAUAAAACUAACAAGUAACAAUAGAGGCGGCCAAAAUAGAAGCGAGGAAAUUGAGUCGGUCAAAGAACAUAAACGUCCGCUAGUUCGAGCGAUCGAAGCCAGCCUUGGCAUUCUGAAGCGAAUCCUGUCGAUCGAAUCACAGAUGGUUUGUGAAAAGUGUGAGAAGAAGCUCGCGAAGGUGAUAGUGCCGGACAAGUGGAAGGACGGCGCCCACAACACCACCGAAGGCGGCGGCCGGAAAAUCAACGAGAACAAGCUCCUCUCUAAGAAAAACAGAUGGACUCCUUAUGGACAAACCAAAUGUAUCAUCUGUAAGCAACAAGUACACCAGGAUGGCAAAUAUUGUCACACAUGCGCUUAUAGUAAAGGAGUAUGUGCAAUGUGCGGAAAGCAAGUACUCGACACAAAGUUCUACAAGCAAAGCAAUGUAUAAUGCUUAAAAUGAAUAAGAUCAUUAUUUUUAGUAUGUUUUAUGCAUGGUGGAUGGACUCUAUCUUUUUCAUAUUGAUGUAUUUGGUACAGUUGUCGUUUGCUCGACAUUGUUGUUAACAAAGUUUGUUCUGCAAUUAUGUUUUGCUUUAUCUCCACUCUUAAAUCAAGUUUUAAAGCUGUAAUGGGUCUGGUUAACUGUAUUUGGAGUUUGAUUCAUUUUAACGUGUUGUUCAGUACAAUGUGAUAAUCCUAGUACUGGAAUUCUGCCCUUUUCGGCCCGUGCUCUUCAUUUUCUUUUUAUUUGACUUAUAUGGGGUUAUAAAAUGUAACAUUAUUCAGCAUGGUAAAAUUUUAAGUUUUUUUUAAC